AUGGGAGUCGAUAUCCUUGGUUUUGCAUAUGCCGCAACGGUAGCUGCAGGUGGAAUUAUGGGUUAUGCUAAAGCAGGCUCAAUUCCAUCCCUCGGUGCCGGAAUCAUUUUUGGAUCUAUUUUAGGAAUUGGAGCCUAUCAGCUAUCUCAAGACCCCUCAAACUACUCACUCAUGCUGGGUACUACAGCGUCUCUUGGAGGACUAAUGGGAUAUAGAUAUUACAACAGUAGAAAAUUCAUGCCCGCUGGUUUAAUGGCUGCAAUGUCCGCUGGGAUGUUGGUUAAGUUAUUAAUCAAAAAUGUUAAUGCCCACCCAUUAUCAGUUAAAAAUAACUAA